GGGUCUCUGGGGCUGCAGCUCCCCCUGCUGAUGCGGCUGCCGAGCGGGGCGGCUGCCGGGCCAGGUGCUCUGUGCAGUUCCUCCAGCCAGCGGGCGCCUGCUGCUUCGGGACCGCUCCCCGCCGCCGCCGCCUCAGCCUGCCGCCUGCCGCCGGCGCCCCGGGCUCCGCUCGCCCAGCGUCCCCCAUGGCCAGCCUGGCUGCGGAGAUCAUCGCCUUCCUGCUGGCCAUCUCGGGCUGGGUGCUGGUCUCCUCCACGCUGCCCACGGACUACUGGAAGGUCUCCUCCAUCGACGGCACCGUCAUCACCACCGCCACCUUCUGGGCCAACCUCUGGAAGACCUGCGUGACCGACUCCACCGGCGUGUCCAACUGCAAGGACUUCCCCUCCAUGCUGGCACUGGACGGUUAUAUCCAAGCCUGCAGAGGACUCAUGAUUGCUGCUGUCAGUCUUGGAUUCUUUGGCUCCAUAUUUGCAAUGGUUGGGAUGAAGUGUACGAAAGUUGGAGGCUCAGAUCAGACUAAAGCUAAAGUCGCUUGUUUAGCUGGGAUGAUUUUCAUACUUUCUGGGUUGUGCUCUAUGACUGGUUGCUCCCUGUAUGCGAACAGAAUUACAUCUGAAUUCUUUGAUCCUACUUUUAUUGCACAAAAGUAUGAAUUAGGAGCAGCUUUAUUCAUUGGAUGGGCUGGAGCAUCACUUUGCAUAAUUGGUGGAAGUAUAUUCUGCUUCUCAAUAGCUGAAAACAAUAAAUCCCCAAGAAUGGGGUACACAUACAAUGGAGCCACAUCUGUGAUGUCUUCUAAGACAAAGGUCCACAAUAGUGCAGCAGAUUUUAAAUCACCAAAAGGCCCUCCAAAGCACUUUGACAAGAAUGCUUAUGUUUAAUUGUACUGUUCUAUGAUACAAAGCCAGUUUUCAAAUCAGUUUGUACAGUUCAGUCACAGAGUGAUUUCCAGAAGAGUACCAGCAUAAUCACCACCAGGUCAAUGAAUUUUUAAAAUAUUAACUUGCAGCAUUUUACAUAUUGAUGUAAAUUUUCUUAUACAAUAUUUUGAAAUUUAUGUUGGUGUUAUACAUAAAUUAUAUAUCUGUAAAUCACUUGCUGUUU